AUGGAGGGAUCUCUCCAACAUCGUCCAGACCUCAGGCCCACGGAUCCGUCCUGCCCUGGGCUGGCUCCUCCGACCCCUACCCGCUACUGGUCCUCCUGGAGCCUGGACAGGCCGGACAGUGUGGUUGCUGCUUUCCGCACCCCGCCUGAUUGCUUCGCCCGUUCCAGGCUUGACCGUCUGCGCCCCCCUACCCCGAGCAUGCCAGGUCACCCCUCCCCACCUCACGGAACGACUGGGCCGGGCACCCCAGCGCCAGGGGAAGGCCAGGGCGGGAGCAUCGGCCGCUACUACAACUCCCAGCAUGCCCCCGGCAGAGGGAGGACGUCGCCGGAGGAGGAGCUCUCUGAGCUGGACUCCCUCUACCAGGCCAGCCUGCAGGCUGGUCCCCGCCUCCCUCGGGCCCCGCAAGGUGCCAGCUCGCCAGCCGGGAGACCAGGGCCUGCUAUGGCACACAGCCGCCCCCCUGGCACAGCCCCGCUUGGACGGUCCCGAACGCCGACAGCAGAGAUAGAGAAGACCGUGUACAGAGCACCGGGCUGCGCCAGCACUGCUGACUACCAGCACAUGGCCACGUCAGGCUGGGGUCCCUGGGACGGGGAGGAGGAGCCGUACAGCGCCGAGAACCUGCGCCGUGUUGCUCGCAGUCUGAGCGGAACCGCCAUCGGAACACAGCGCCAACAGCUCGCCGUCUCCCGUAGCUUCGAGGUGACCAGAAGGCCUCCAAGCUUUUGGCUGUGUCUGACGGGGGUAAAGCUCUCUCCAGCGAAAAGCUCCAUGUUUGAGUGAGCGACCAGGUGCUCAGGACACCUCACUGGGCUGCAGUGAGGUCCUCACCACCCCUCCCCCCGUCCCAGGACUGGCUGAGGUGCUCCGUCCUUCCGUCUCUUGUUCCGUCCCCCCCGUGACAGCGGGUAUCUCGGACUUGUGGAGCCACCCCGACGCUGUCUUCACAAGCCCUCCUUCCGUCCAGUAUCCCUGUAUGCCCCACGAGGACAACUGCAGGGAAAGUGGCUGCAGGGUGGGCCUGGCUGAUCCCCAAAGCCAGCCAGGCCCCUCCAGCAUGCCUGCCCCUGCCCCAGCCAGCCUCGGCCCUGUGUUCUGUAACCAGAUAACCCUCCUCUUCUCUUCUCUGUAGCCUGUUCUUCUCCUUUCUCUGUUCCUCAUCCUCUCUUCCUCUCUGCUCUUCUGUCCAUCUCAUCCAUCCUCUUAUUUCCCAGCCUCCCCCAACAAAUUCCCAACCUCUGUGACUGUUCUUACUCCUAGUCUUCCUUACACUCUCCCUUUCUCCCUUCCUUUCUUCAUACACUAUCACCCGUUCUGUUCAUCUGUCUCAGCCUCUCCAUGUACACCUCCGAGUAUCUCUUUCCCAUCUUUGCUUUCUUCUCCCUUUCUCUGUAUCACUGUCCUCCUCUCUCAUUCUCUUCUCUUCCUCUUCUCCAUUCUCCCUCUCUCUCAUACUGCUCCCCCGCUCUCUCUCACCAUUAGGAGUGGCUUCAUCCCCACACAGGUCACAUGGUGCACGACCCACAGCAGGAAUAAUCCAUACAGGAGUCAUAAUCAAUAUUCAGCCCACAGGGCACUGCCACAAUACUCCGGCACCAGAAGGGGGUUUAUGCCUGCUGUGAGCUGUUUAGACAAGUCCCCUUCCUCCCAAACAAAGGAAAACACAGAUACAAACUCACCUUUGUGUCAAAAUGAAGGAACAUUUUAGCCACCGAUGUGGUUAGCAAGGAAUGCUAAUGAAGCCCCCUGCCAUGUUCCUCACCCUGCCCUUGCCACAGUUGGCUGGGCGGCAGGACAGGCUGUAAGCUCUAUGCCGAACCGUGCCCGCCUGUGGCGCUACUCUGAAUUGGGUGUAACGUCCAUGUGGCGCGUGGGCACUGCGAAACGAUGAAGCUAACAGCAGGACAAGAGGCACAGAGAAGCCACCUCUGAAGGUUAUGACUGAGGACAGAAAGGCGGCAGCUUUGACAUCUGGAAAUUCCACCGGGAGGGGGCCGUAGCAGUGUUUCCCCGGCAGGGGGGUGGUUUUUGAGGUGCCGGACGUGCCGUGAUUCACGUACGGAAAUGGACAGGGAGCCGUGAUCCCCACUCAGGUGCUCCAUCCAUUCACUCCAUGUCUAAUCAACCAUGUUCCCGUCCGGCCUGUUUUUCCCUGGAGAAAUCUCUCCCUUUAUACAUCGUCAGUAUAUCUAUAUUCUUUAUUACUUUAAGGAUUUUUUUUUUUUUUACUUUUUUUUUAGGAUAUGGGUCAGUAGAGUAGAGAUUGUAUUAAUUGAUUAGCCUUAUACUUAUAUGCCCUGUAAUAGUAAAAAAACAAAAAAAAACAAGAUAAACUGCUGUCAUUUUAUAUAUCUUUAAUCACCACUCUUGUGAUAUUAUAAGGAGUGGGCAUGUGCAUUUUAAUCUUUCACUUGGGGACUGUCUGCAAAGGACUAUACCUUUUUUCUAGGUGGACGUUUCCUGUCUCAGACACUUUCUACAGUCAGUGUUACAGGCAGAGAGUGCCUGCUUAUUUAACUUAAAACAAGCAUAUAUAAAGAAACCCAUGGAACGUACGGCAGACUAAAGAAUGGAUAAACCUUAUUUUAAGACGCUAUGGAAUGUUAACAAUAUUAGUAGUAAAUUAUUCUGCAUUAACGACAAGUAUAGUGCACUUCAGAAGUGUAAAAAGCUGGUCUGAAAACUGCUGUUUUAAUUCCAUUUGAUGAGUUCUCCCUUUUUUUCAGGGAGAUAUUCCAACACACAGUUAGCUUGCUUUUUUUCCAUUUUUGUGUUUUACUGAAGCUGUGAUUGCUGCAGUAUGAGGGUCAGUGAAUCAGUGAAUGUAAAUGAGGUGGAGAAGGCUGCUCUUUCCCCCAUCCCCCAUAGCUUAGGGUAAAUGGGCUGUUUAUUGCAUUAUUCAAUGUCACCCUGAAACCGGACUUUCAAACCUUCACACCUGAGGUUGGAAAAUGAAUUCCAGGCAGGUGAGCAGCUAGGAACAGGUGGCUGCACCCAGAAUGGGCGAAAGGGGUGUAUGCUGUAAAAAGAAUGAAUACAAAUUUAAAAUAAAGGAAGUAAUACAGGCGUUCAUGGGCAGACAGACAGGGACAGACAUUCUCCAGUUCCUUUGACUCCAUUUCAGAGAUCAGCACUCUGGAGAGUGUGUGGUGUAAAGACUAUAGAUUCUGGAAACCCAAAACUAUCGUUUUUUUGUUUAAUGUUAAAGCAGACGAUGUAUAGUUAGUAGACAAUAGAAAUAAGAAUUUCAUAGUAAAGCUGUCUCAUUCCAUAAAAUGCCUGGCCUAUUGGUACGAUAAACAAAGUAGAACAGCAGAACUUUGACCUUAACUGGAAUAAGUUGAAUUGAAAAGAGGUAAAGGCAGAUGGCUGUAAAUGAAGAGCUAAUCAUAAAGAACAUCAACAUAACAUUAAUUGUUUAGGCCCUGGCUCUUUCAGGCAUACAUACAAAAAAUGGUGUCAUUUUGCAACUGUGCCAAGAUUAAUCUACUGUAAUAGUAAAUUGUGUUUGUGUGCAUAUACAUAUAUAUAUAUUUUACACAGUAUGUACUGUGUAUAUAUAUGGUAUAUGCACACAUAUUUAUUCAUUUAUUUGUAGAUUUGAAUAAUUAUAAUUAAGAGACUGUCUUGUUUUGAGAGGCAGUUAUUAACCUGUAUUGUUCUAAUGACAUGGUAGAUCUGAGAACCUUACACCACAUUCAGUGUUCGAGAGUUCUCGUAGCAAGCUUUGUAAUGUUCACCUUUCAAUAAGGCUGAUGUAAUUGUAAUUUUAUUUUUAAAUAAUAGCAAACAAACUUUUGUAGCACUGAAAUGCAGCUAAAAACAGUAUUUAUUAACUGGUACUGCUGGGCUGAAUGAUCUCUUACUAAACGGAGAGCUGGAUUAUAUGAAAUUUGUUUUAAGAAGUUAAAAACGUCAUUGUAAAUAUCCUUUUUCAUGUCCCUGAAGCCCACAGUGUGGCUCUCAGAAGCUAUUGUACAUUUGGGUGAUUCCAAAAUGAAACCCGGUCAGAUGAGAUGUAGCAGACCAGACGGAACGUGGUCGCUGCUGAUUUUUACUCCAAAUAUUUUAACUACUGUACGUAAACAGAGCUCUGGGGUCUGAAUCUGUGGAUUAAAAAAUUCAAACAAAGUGCGUGACCUUAGAUAAUGUAGAAUUGUCCCUGCCCAUAUGAAACUAAUAUGUGAGGAAACGAGGAGGAUGGAAUUAUAACAGAACCUAGCAUAUAUUGCAAGAUAUAUUGAUUUAACAUUUCCAUAUAUGCCAUUUUAUGCAUAAUACUAUACAAUAGAUUUUACAAUAUACUGUAUGUAGCUUUACACUGUAUUCUACACAUAUGCAAUGUAUGUAAUUAUAAAUGUGAAAAUGGUAGUAAUUAAUAUGUUUUCUAAUAUAUGCUGCUCAAACAAACUUACCCUGUCGGUUAAAUUUUAUAUUUUAACGUUAUUUCAUUGUAAGAGAGAGUAAGCUGCGUCAGCAUAUGAACAACUCAAGUCACUAAACAAAACUGGAUCUUUGCCCAAAUUUUGUAAGAUAACCAAAGAUUGCCCUGACAAAGAGUAAUUAGCUUCCCAAGAGUUUUUAUUUGUUUUAAAUGAGUGAGGUGUCGCUAACAGGACUUUGCGAGUAUGCUAUGCAACACAUUGCACCCUAUGAAUAACCAGCAGAAAUGCAGAUUGCAGAUUUGUCCACUUUUAUUUUCUAUUUAUUUUUUUUAAACCAAAAAAUAACGAAGAGAUUUAUUGCAACUGUAGGUUUGUGUAUAAUAAAGGUGUGUACAGUUGAUGAUGAGAGCUUAUUGAAAUGAGGGGGUAUUUCUUGACAUAGUGGAAGGCCUUCAGAUGGAUUUCCAUUUUGAAACCUGUUUGUAAAAGAUGUGCUGACAGAAGGAACAUGUAUUUUUGCAAUAAAGUUUGAUUCUAAAGUGCUCUCCCAGGAGCACGGCACAAUGA